UGGAAAGGAGCAUUAGUGCGCAGGUCAGCCUACCGCCUGCGGUACACAGAAAACGGACAGUUUCCUCUAAUUCUCAACACAAGUGUACUUCGUUAAAACCAAUGCAAACAGUUUUUGUUUCCCAAAAUGAAAAUCGCAAGGAGUCAAAGGUGGAUAAUAUUCUGUUAUUUAGUUCUACAUUCUGGUUUGUUGGGGACUGAUUUGGUAGAAGGAAAAAAUCGAAAGCGGACACCAAAACCCCAGUUGUCGAAAUAUGUUCCAGUAGGAAGACCAGAUAAUUCAGAAGUCGAUCUUCUGAUGGCAAUUAUCAUACCUUUCACUUCCUCUUCGGUCGAUUUUGUAACAGGGAAAGAUGGGUUUCCGGCGUUUCAACUGAAAGGUGGUUCCGAUAUAAAAACCCCAUACAGAUUAUUAUUUCCUGCGACAUUAUUUAGAAAUUUCGCUAUCCUGGCAACUUAUAAAAUAGAGGAAGGAAACGAGGGAUUUAUGUUUACAGUUGUAAAUCCUUCGGAGACUGUAAUUCAGUUAGGUUUAAAAGUAUCGACGAUUGGCAAAUUUCAGAAUAUUACAUUGUAUUAUACGGACGUAGCUAUGCACCUGUCUUCUCAAAUUCUAGUCAGCUUUUUAAUACCCAAAAGCAUCGAUACUUGGACACGUUUAGCUUUAAGAAUCGAAGGAAAUAAUGUUACUUUGUACUACAACUGUGAAGAAUACAGCUCUACUGUGGUAAACCGAAUCCCUAAAGAUCUCCUGUUUGACACGGCUUCGACUGUUUAUGUAGGACAGGCUGGUUCUUUAAUCAAAGGAGAGUUUGUGGGUGCACUUCAAGAACUGAAGAUCUACAGUAACCCAGCCGUCGCCGAGGUGUACUGCAGUGAAAACUUUCAG